AUGCCCCGCAAAUCAGAACAGACCUGCGCUCCCCGUUUUGAACAUUCAUGGCCUCACCUCCCAAUUAACUACGCUUUAAACAAUUAUUAUUAUUCUCAGAUUCCGGCGAACUAAUGACAAUCGGCGAUCACAGCAAGUCCGACGGCAAGCUCUGGAAGCUCUGCCCUUUCUGGCAAUCCGGAACUGCCUCUUCUUCCUCCACGGCUUCCACUCAGAACCUCAACUCUGCUCACCGAAACGGCGUCGGAUCCACCACUACUUCGCGCUCCUCCACUUCUGUCUCCUCCGUAGCUAGAUCCUUCCUCCCUGCUCGCCGUCGCCUGCGCCUCGAUCCGGCUAAUAAUCUCUAUUUUCCUUAUGAACCGGGAAAACAGGCAAGAAGUGCUGUUAGGAUUAAGAAUACUAGCAAAUCUUAUGUAGCGUUCAAGUUCCAAACAACUUCGCCGAAGAGCUGUUAUAUGCGACCUCCUGGGGGUAUUCUUGCACCUGGUGAAAUCAUUAUUGCUACAGUAUUCAAGUUUGUGGAGCAUCCAGAGAACAAUGAAAAGCCUCCCAUGGAUCAAAAGAGUAAGGUCAAGUUCAAGAUCAUGAGCUUGAAGGUGAAAAAAGGAGCAGAGUAUGUGCCUGAAUUGUUUGAUGAACAAAAAGAGCAAGCAACUGUUGAGCGAAUUUUGCGAGUGAUUUUCCUGGACCCAGAGCGCCCUUCUUCAGCACUGGAUAAGCUGAAGCGUCAGUUGGCUGAAGCUGAUGCUGCAACAGAAGCUUGCAAGAAACCUCCAGCUGAUACGGGCCCAAAAGUUGUUGGAGAAGGCCUUGUAAUUGAUGAAUGGAAGGAGCGGAGGGAAAAAUAUCUUGCUCGUCAACAAAUUGAGGAAGUGGAAUCAAAAUAGAGCUAUCUCUCUCCCUCUCCCUCUCUCUCUCUCUCUAGUGUUUUUGGGUGUAAGUGAGUGAAUGGAAUAUCAUGCCAAAACCACCCCUUUAAUGGUGGAGAAGGGCUGUGUUGUGCAUCAUGUAUAGAUGAAUAAUGUGACUGGAGAUUAUUUUUUGUGUGCUGAAAUCUUAUGAUAGCCAGGGUUCUAGCUUUACUUCUUGUAGAUAUUCUUUUAACCUGGCCUUUUCCGGAGGUUAGUAUAAAACCACAAUUGUGAAUGCAUUUUUAAUCCCUAGCAUACCUUGUAUGUUUGGUGAAUCAAAACCAUGUAUACAUUGCAGUGAAAGAUUGUGUUUUUUACGA